ACAGUGUGCGCUGGUAGCGUGCGAGGCAGACAGACAAGGAGAACUGCGCCAUCGAAGAUCCAAAACAAUCCUCAAAAGGAAAGUGGGGUGUUUGUGGGGGGCCAACGGGUGUUCAAGUGUGUGAUGUCCUUGGCGGUCACUCAGCCCUCCGUCGAACCAAUGCAGUCCUCUGUGUCGCCCGGCGUUCAGAGGAGACACACGCUUCCCGCCAGUGAAGUACGACCUCUCAACACGCAAGAUGCCAUCAGUGUGUUUGAGAUCGAGCGAGAAGCGUUCAUCUCCGUGUCAGGCGAAUGUCCACUCCACCUGGACGAGGUGCGUCACUUCCUCACUUUAUGUCCAGAAUUUUCCAUGGGCUGGUUCGAAGAGGGCCGGUUGGUGGCCUUCAUCAUCGCGUCACUGUGGGAUCGGGACCGUCUCACCACUGAGGCUCUAACCCUCCACAAGCCACGAGGCGCCACUGCUCACAUCCACGUUCUGGCUGUCCAUCGCACCUUCAGGCAGCAGGGCAAAGGUCCCAUCCUGAUGUGGCGCUACCUGCAGUACCUACGCUGCCUGCCCAAUGUGCGGCGGGCCGCUCUCAUGUGUGAGGACUUCCUGGUCCCCUUUUACCGCAAGAUGGGCUUCAAGGCACUGGGCCGCUGCGCCAUCACGGUGGGCACCUUGACCUUCACGGAGAUGUGGUACCCCAUCAGCGGCCACGCCUACAUGAGGCGGAACAGCGAGGCCAUCCGCUUCCCUAAUACUCCCUUGACUCUGCCAGUUGCUCACACCGACCAACACAUGGACGUAUGAUGUCAUUGUUUAGUAGCCAGUAGGGCUGGGCGAUAUGGCCUGAAAAAUGAAAUCUGAUGUUUUCACCAGUGAUGUUUUCGUCAAAGAUGACUAUAACGAAAGUAUUUCGUCGACGAACAAUUUUUUUCAUGACGAUAACAAGACGAUAACGAGCUAAAAACAUGUCUUGGGAGACAAAAACAUAAUGACACGAAUGCCAGUUUCCGUCUGACGACACGAGAAUGAGACGAAAAUGCGCCAUAGUUUCCGUCACAUGUUCACAAUAUGUGAUAUUAUUUGUUUAGUUAGCUGCAUGGUAGCAGUGUCUGGUUGUGUCACUCAUGUGACGUGCUGCGCCCCCACCCCAACUCACCCACUAGUGUCCUCUCAUUGCUUGUUUUGAGGCACACAUGAUAAAAUUUGUAAUCUUAUAUUGGCAAGAGAGGAUAUGCAAUGUUGCUUUAGCCGUCAAAGGUUUGUGUUGAGUGAUCAUCACACUAAAUGUAACUCGUAGCAUUAGCAUAGCCAGGGUUCCCGCGGGGUCUUAAAAAGUCUUAAACGUAUUGAAUUUCUGAAUUUGGAAAUAAUACCUUAAAAAGUCUUGAAAAAGUAUUGAAUUUUCAUAUCUGGGUGUUAAAAUUUAUGAUGUAUGUAUUUAACUUAUCCGUAUUUCUCCUCGAAAGUGUCAUUUGUAAUUUUGAUUAAAUAACGUAGCCUAAAUAAAUAAACAAGGUGUAGGAGCCAAUCAUUGAGAACGCAACGCAGCCGCAGGUCAAAAACUUCGACUGCAAGCACUAAUGGAUUAUGUGACUUUGUGUAGUUCUUUUGAGCUGCUAACCCAAGUCAAAACAGCGUUGGCUCAAAUGACUACAAAUAUGGCUGCUUCUUCAAUUUGGUGUACUGUACAACCAGCUGAAAAAGAUCACUAUUAUUAUACAUAUCGAUGUCACUCCCGCUCCUGCACGCUCCCGUUGACUUUCAUUCACGUCUCCUACCCAUCACGGGAUUUCUCUACAAUACACACGCAGAUUUAUUUAUAUUUUUUUUUCUACAUUUCAUAUUAAAGUGAUGGGGAGAUGUAAAUUCAACAAAGCGUCGUUGACUAAACAAUCCUUUCGCUUUUGGCUCAAACCAGUGGAUAGCAGUGUGUUCGAAACUUUUUGCAUCGUAUGCAUUAAAAAAAAAAAAAAAAAAAUCUGCUGGGUACAAUGGGCAUGAAGGCGCUAAAGUCCAAUGCUAAAUCAUCCAAGCUCAUAUAGGCCUACUCUAUGAGAGGAAAGAAACAAACUCCCAGCGAUUUUCAAUCUGUCUGUUUAAGCCAGACAGCUGCUCACAAGCCUGAAGAGACAGAAGCUAAAGCCAGCCAGCAAGCUGCUAAUGUAAGACAAGCGACAGCACCUAACGCUAGCUGCUAGUGCUGCAGCUCCCCUAUUCAAUAUGCUGCAUUCUUACAUCCUUCAAACAUUUGAUAAAUAGAAAAAAAAUAUUUGAAUUUGAGUUAAUUUUUGUCAAAAUGGCUGUGAAAUAGGUAUUAAGUUAAAAAAAAAAAAAGAGUCUUAAUUAGGUCUUAGAAAGUCUUAAAUUUAACUUGAGGAAACCUGUAGGAACCCUGCAUAGAAUUCACAUUCGCGUUAGCAUUAAGCUAUUGCUAACGGCGAGCAUUCUCUUAAACUCUUGGACAACUUUUUUUACAUCCAGUUCGUGGCAUCUAGGUGGCUAUGAUCAGAGGUGGCCAGUAAUGCCUUGCACGUACUCCGUUACAUUUAGUUGAAUAAAUAAAUUUUUGAGAAAAAUAUACUUCUAAGAGUAGUUUUACUUAGCCGUACGUUUUACUUUUACUUGAGUAGAUUUGUGAAGAAAAAACGCCACUCUUGCUUCGCUACUUUGGGUUACAUAAGAGUCGUGACAUUAUUCCUCUUUAUUCUACAUAUUAGAAUUUACUUUUUUUUUUGCUAGCGAUGCUAUUGUCAAGAGUAGCGCUAGUAAUUUCACCAAUGAGAUGUCGCAACAAUAAUCACACGACUCCAUUACACCAAUCAGACGCAAACUUGCCGUUCUAUGAUCAUGCAAGCCUGUUCAAUGACGCGUCUUUAAAACACCGCAACAAAUGAAGUAUUUGACAUAGAGCGCCGACCUAAACAUGGAUUUAAAUCGAGAAUUUGAAACUCUCUCCCAGUUCUUAUUUGGCACCAAUUGACCGUGAAAAAACGGAGAUAUAAUCCCUCUAAUUUCAUAAUAGUAACUAUGUAAGAACUACAGUAUUCACUAUUCAAACUAGGAACUAUUUUCUCCACUAGAUGGCAGGGCACUCAUGCUUUUUAGACGAGUAAUGCUUCAUUACUGUUUUUUUCUCUCUUUAAUGUUUUUUUGUUUUUUGUUUUUUGUUUUUUGUUUGGGUUAAUGUGGUUAUGAAAUGGGUUAUUGUACAGUAUCAUUAUAACGACAGUUCACAUAGAUAAGUUUGUGCAGAGAGAAAAAAAAAAUGAAAAUGAAAAUAAGCAGUUGCUUAAAAUGUUACUCAUUACUUGAGUAUUCUUUUCACUGGAUACUUUUUUACUUGUACUUGAGUACAUUUUUGGAUGACUACUUUUUCUCUUACUUGAGUAUUAUUAUUUUGAAGUAAAACUACUCUUACUUGAGUCAAAUUUUUGGCUACUCUACCCACCUCUGCCUAUGAUUAAUUGAAAAUAAUGUACUGUUUUCCUGCUGAUUGUGUAUUAUCACGUGACAGAUUUGUAGAUGCAACAAUAUGUGUUCAUCUGUCAAUGUUCAUAUGAAAAAGUUGUAAACCUUCAUUUAUUUAUUUAGGGAGAAGAACAUCUGAAUUUUACAUACAAAAAUAUUCAGUAAACGUCGACUAAAACUAGACGAAGACAAACAUUUUGAAAUCACUUAAAUAUGACUAAUAAGUAUUAUUGUCCAAAAGACUAAAACGGAAAUUAAAAGGGCUGCCAAAAGCAACACUGGUUUUCACCAACGAUCAUAUUUUCCCUCUCCUAUAUUUUUUUUCAGGAGAAAAUAAGAACAAAAGACAGAGAAAGCAUUAAAAAAAAAAAAAAAAAUUAACCCCUUAUAGGGCACUCAUUGAACUCAUUGGCUGCCAUUGACAGCGCUAGACGUCCAAUCCAAUUUGACUGGGAGUGGGGAAAGAACAAAUUAGUUACUAGAUUUCGUUUUUGGCAGGGAAAAAAAAGCAACAAGAUUAAGAAAAAAAAACAAUAUAUAAUAUGAUCAUUUAUAUUUUUUAAUCAUCCCCAACAAAAUUGAUUUAUCAGCCAGGCCUAUUGUUAAGUAUAAUUUAA